AGUCGGCUCAAUGUUUUGCACACAGUUUACCGCACCGUCGUCGGUAUACGUAGACGUACGGCACUCAAUAUUAUACGACGUUAGUAUCAGAUAGUCAAGAAAUCGAUUAACUUACAUGAAAUUUCGAUUUGUUCCUUCAAUAGUAUUGUUCGGCGUAAAAACAAUUAUUAGCGAAUUAUAAUAACAAUAAUACAAUAUUAUUGUCAUCUCCUGCAUUUACGAAGAAUACUACUAAUCACUUAACAUGCGAAAAGACAAGUUUUUUAUUAUUUUAACAUUUAUGAUUGGUAUGGUAACAGCUCAGUCUAGCAGCGAAUGCAAUACUCCAAAUUUAAAAAAAGGUGUUUGUAUCGAUGUAAAGAGGUGUCCAACGUUACUAAAUCUAAUAGAAAAUCAGAGACACGUACCGUCCGUUUUAGACUUCCUUAAAAAAUCCAUAUGUGGAUUUGAAGGCAAAAUUAGAAAAAUGUGUUGUGCUUUGGAAAUUAAUGAAACAACGGUACCACCACAUGUAGGGGUAACUACUGAAAACACCAAUUCAGAUUUAAAAUUAAGAAUACCUUUGGAAACUGCGUGUGGAAUAAGUAAUGUCACUCGCGUAAAAAUUAUUGGAGGAAAUCCAUCGGAAUUAGGGGCUUGGCCUUGGAUAGCGGCCAUGGGCUAUCAGAAUUUAAAUUCAAAAAAUCGUGAAUUACAGUGGAAUUGUGGUGGUACAUUGGUCACAAACAAACACGUGCUAACAGCUGCACACUGUAUUGUACCACAUGUAAAACUGACUACUGUACGAUUAGGCGAGUUAGAUUUGAAUCCUAAUGUCCAAGAUAACGCAAGGCCAUUAGAUGUUCCAGUUGAACGUAUCAUCAUACAUGAGAGAUAUGAUAGAAAUCAAGUAGUCAAUGACAUAGCGUUAUUGAAGUUAAAAUAUAGUGUCACUUUUAACGAUUUAAUACAACCGAUUUGUAUGCCAAUGACUUCAAAAAUUAAAAACAUAGAUAUGUCGAGAAGUUUGCCAUUUGUUGCUGGUUGGGGUAGCACUACACCUGUGAAAACUUACACUGCUCCACCAACGACUGCUUUGAUGGAAGUUCAAGUUCCAAUAACGAACACAGCGGAAUGUGCAAAAGCAUAUUCAAACAUAUCUCAAGCAGUAAUUGACGACAGAGUGUUAUGUGCUGGAUUUCCAGAGGGAGGAAAAGACUCAUGCAGGGGUGAUUCCGGAGGUCCUUUAAUGUAUCCAAAAGGAAAACAAUACUAUUUAAUGGGUAUAGUAUCUUACGGACACAUGGUAUGUGGUCAACCAGGAGUCCCAGGCGUGUACACUAAAGUACCAACAUUCAUGGAUUGGAUUAUUGACAAAAUAAAUAAAAACUUUAUUUUUUACAGUUUGAAUAUGAGGAAAUACCAAUAUUUUAUUUUUAUAACAUUCAUAAUCGGAAUAAUGAAUGCAUAUCCUAAUAAUGAGACUACAGCAUGCCAUACACCAAACAAUGAAAAUGGCGUUUGUAUUAAUAUUAAGCAUUGUAAAAAAUUACGAGUGCUGCUAGAAAAUCAGAGACAAGUUCCAUCUGUCAUGGCUUUUUUGAAGAAAUCCUUCUGUGGACACGAAAAUGGAAUUGCAAAAGUAUGCUGUCCCUUGGAAAAUUCAUUGUUGGACGAAUCGAAACCAAUCGACAUAAAAGAGUCUAUAAGUGAUAUAAAGAUUAAAUCAUCGAAAUUACCAUCUCAAGAAACAUGUGGACAUAGCAAUUCCAUUGAUAACCGAAUUUUUGGAGGGAGACUAUCUAUUUUAGGUUCUUGGCCAUGGAUGGUAGCCAUGGGGUACCAGAAUUUAAAUGCAAAUAGUCAAGAAUUAUAUUGGCUAUGUGGUGGUACAUUGAUAACAAAUACACACGUAUUAACAGCUGCGCAAUGUGUGUCGAAUCGAAAAGCUGUUAGGUUAACAGUGGCACGCUUAGGAGAUUUGGAUUUGGAUUUUAUGGUCAACGAUGGAGCGACGCCGUUAGAUGUUCCAAUAGAUAGUAUUAUAAUGCAUGAGAUGUACAACCCCCGAGAAAACACUAAUGACAUUGCGAUAUUGAAAUUAAAAAAUAGUGUUUCCUAUACACAAUUCAUCCGGCCAAUAUGCUUACCGAUCCAAUUGGAUAUGAAGCACAUCAAUAUGACAAAACUUAUGCCAUUUGUUGCAGGCUGGGGUUCUACACAGGAAUUAUUUCUCUCCAGCGAAUCGCGCAAUACUGCUAUGAUGGAAGUUCAAAUACCAAUAAUGGACAACAAUAAAUGUAAAGAAGCGUAUGCCAAUGGAUACAACGUGAUUGACGAUCGAAUUCUAUGCGCUGGAUAUCCGGAAGGAGGAAAAGACUCUUGUGGGGGUGAUGCCGGAGGUCCUUUAAUGUGGCCAAAAGAAAAUCAGUACUAUUUAAUGGGAAUCGUUUCUUAUGGAUUUAUAUCAUGCGGUGAACCAAAUCAUCCGGGAGUAUACACCAGAGUGACAUCAUUUAUUGACUGGAUCGUAGAUAAAAUAAACAAUAAUUGAAUUUUAUAAUAACUAUGAAUUUUAAUAUAAGUUAUUUAGAUCGUUUAAAAGAAAUUGCAG